AUGUCUGACUUUAGAAGGGCUUGCGUUUUACAUCAACCUUUAUUCUUCAAAAAUGAUGUGUUUACACAUAUUAAAAACCCCAAAAAAGAUUUAAAUAUUGAUCAUGAAAAUAUUUCAAUAAACUCAAAGGCUUAUCAUGCUAAUCUUUUAUACACUCGAUGGAAUUCACAUAGAACAAAACAAAUUUAUUCCCAAAGAUUAGGAAUUUCUUUCGACAAGAUGAUUCACGCUCGUGAUCGUUACUCUAUCACACAUCUUAAUAAUAAACAUAUAUAUAGAAAAAAGCUUACCAACUUUUCAAUUGAACGUAGUCACAACCCACGAGUGAGCAAGGCUCAAGAAAUUCAUUUUGAUCGGGCUAAAAGACGUAUUUUCCAUAAGAAAGAACAUAAUCUACUCGAUCUUGAACAUCACAAAAUUGCUACUGCACAAAGAUAUCGGUUUAUGUUUACCAAAUCACAAUUUGUUCUUAGACUCAUCAAACACCUUCUUUACAACCACGGUCUCCAUCAUAGAAAUUAUAAAUUUUGGACCCCCUUUUUUGGACGCUCUGGUAAAAGGAUUAGGACUACCACAUUUGACGACACUUCAUCACCUGUUCUUAAUUCUACAGUGGCCCCGUACAACCUGAUCCCUAAUAUGUUUAUUCCCUACAAAUACAGAAAUAUAAUUCCUAAGGAACCACUUUACACAGAUGAGGGUGUAUACAUAGUUCCAGAAGAUGCUAUACUUCAUGGGACUUCAUUUAAUCGUGUUAAUAUACGAAAAUAUACAGCUUUUACGUUAACUAAUGGUGACCAUUUUCAUUACGAGAUGACAGAAUUUAAAGACCAAUAUUUGGAAUCUGAUGAUGAUAAUACCAAAUCACGCAUUGAUAUGCAAAUGAAUAAUUUCUCCGCACAAUUUAAAGAUAUCUUCAAAAGGCAUAUUGCCAACAUCCCAUGA